AUGUCUCAGGACACCGGCUUGUGGAGCGUUCGCAGACCGCGCGAGACCCUUGGAGGGCUGAACCCAAACACAGGAAUACCAGCGCCUGGAUCAACAAUGAAGCGCAACACAAACGGUCAUAUACGGGCGCAGUCAGGAUCUAGACAGUCCUUUGCCAUGUCCCGCCCCAACCAACCGCUAUUUUCACGGACCUCGUCCGGAUCUAACCUCGCAGAUCUCGGUCUGUCCUCAGUCAAGAGGCAAUCGCUUGCCCCCAAGGCUGCGUAUGCUACCACUAUGGGAACGCCCGCUGCAGCGCGCACUUUGACUGAUACUGAGCGACGAAGCAGCGUGUUCCGCCCGCGCUCCUCUAUGAACGGUCCAGUGAACAACCAUCAAAGCUUCUUUCAGACGACACACCAACCAGCCGGUGUUCCCCGAGAUCCUCGGCCGCUCAAAGAUAGAGCAUUUCAGGCGCGAAUUGGUCAAGAACUGAUGGAGUACAUGAUGCAGAAUAACUUUGAGCUCGAGAUGAAACAUGUUCUGUCGCCAAACGUCAUGAAAUCGCCAACACAGAAGGACUUCAACUACAUGUUCCAAUGGCUAUAUCACCGCAUUGAUCCCAGCCACCGAUUCCAGAAGAACAUUGACCAAGAGGUGCCUCCCAUCUUAAAGCAGCUGCGCUACCCUUUUGAGCGGAGCAUCACCAAGAGUCAGAUUGCCGCUGUUGGUGGACAAAACUGGUCUACAUUUCUCGGUCUCCUGUACUGGAUGAUGCAGCUUGCGCAAAUGCUCGACGGAUAUGUGGCUCGAAAAUACGACUACGCAUGUAUGGAUGCUGGAGUCGAUGUCACCGGCGACCACAUCAUCUUUGAUUUUCUCAGCAGCGCCUACCGAGACUGGCUGGCAAUGGAUGAAGACAUUCGAGAUGAAGAUGCAGCAAAAGUGCUGGCGCCGCAUGUGGCGUCCAUGGCGCAGGCCUUUGAUCGCUCUAAUGGUAGAUACACCUCGGAGCUAGAGAUGCUCGAGGCUGAGAACGCACGCCUCCUCAAGGAAAUAGCAGUCUUGGAGAAGUCCACACCCGACCCGGCCAUACUGGAUGAUCACUUCAAGAUCAUGGAAGAGGACAAGGUCAAAUUUGAAGACUACAACCACCUUGCCAUCCAACGUUCGCAAAAAUACGAAAGCAGAAUUCAAAUGCUACAAGAGGAGCUGGAAAAGUUGAACGACGAGCUCAAGGAAGCAGAUGGGGAGCGAAGGGGUCUUCAAAAAUCGGUAGAUGCUCUGGGUAUCAGCAUGCAGGAUAUCGACCGCAUGACAUCUGAGAAGGAGCGUCUGCAAAAAGGAAUCGAAUCCGCCAGCCUACGAUUGGACGAAAUUAAGAAAAAGGUGGCCGAUAAGGAAGCCGAAGCGAGCCAGAAGCUAGAUGAUCUGGAAGAUCAGGUAGAAAAGUACAACUCGCUCGCAUAUCAGAUUGCGCUGCUCCCAUCAACAGCCGUCAACGCCAAAGGCAAGGACUACGAACUCCGCCUCACGGUCAACGACAGCUCCGACUUUACAUCGAGCAACUUUUAUGGGAAUAACGCAAAGUCUGGAGUUACGGAUCGACUGCUGGCAGAUUCUACCAGCGGAUAUCAGCCGAGCCAAGUUGUCAAUGUUGACGUGCGCGGCCAAGCUCGCAGCAGAUUCCAAUCACUCCGCAAAGAAAUCUCGGAACGCCGCAGCACAGCGAUGGAUACCAUGAUUAAAGACCACGAUCUUUUGGAUGGCAUCAAGGAAGCCAUUGAGGACAAGCGAAGUGAAGUCGAAGCUCUCAACCACCGUGUCCGUGCCGCCGAAGAAGAGUACGAAAGUAUGAGAGAGGUGACGACGGCGCAAAAGAUGGCUUCCGAUACGCAAAUUGAGAAGAUGGAGAGGGAUCUCUCCAGAAUGCGGGCCGGUCUGACUGAGUCGGUCCAGCUGCUGGAGCAACGAGAGAUGAAUACGACAAUUGAGUAUGAGCAGUUGGUUCUUAAGGCAAACUCACUGCGCGAGGAACUGCACACCGAGAUUGACCGCAUGCUGAAUGAUGUGAUCAAGUUCAAAAUUCAUAUCCAAAAGAAUCUGGAUGACUACGAAGGAUUCGUGGCUGAUGAGCUGGAAAAGGAGCUUGGUGUGGAAGAUGUGAGAGAUGAUACCCAGGCCAUGGAUCUGUAA